CGGAGGUGGUGGCGUUAGGUCAGCUGGAGCCUCAAGCUUGCACACACUCAACAUUAUAGUAACCAUACAUUCAACGUCUAUACAUCAUGAACUGCAGCCCAUCCUUCGGUCUCCUAGGCAGCCUCAACUCUCCUACUCUGCAUCCUCUGAAUCUCGAGACACUCAAGAUGAAUCCUGUGACCGUGGCACACCAGCAGCUUUACAUGAACAAUAUCUUACAACAGUUCAAUCCUAUUCAAAACCCUUUUUUAGUCGCUCAACUCCAACUCGCAAACGCUCUCAAAGAAAACGCUUGUAAUUUCCCUUUUCGCAACAAUGAAUUCGCAUUCGAUGACAGCAAUGACAGCAGCAUUGAUGUGUCUAGUCAUGUCUCUGGAACUUCAGUGACAGAAUCAAUUGAUUUAACCAAGACCAGAAUUAUCUCUCAUGAAAAACGUGAAGUAAGUGAAUGCCUCAUCACGGACGAUGAAGUGCUCGAUAAAAUUAAAGGCAAAGACAUCACUGUCAGCAGGAUUCACUGUAGCGAUGAUCCUCAAGAUCAAACCGUCACCAUUCCGGUUGGCCUCACCCUCACCUCCAGAGUCCCACGAGACAGUGAAAGUGUCACUACACAGGCUCCAGCGCCUGCAGAAGCUUCCCUAAAGCCCCUCACAAAUUACACUCCAAUAAAUUUGGGAAAUUUUGACCCCGAACCGGCGACGUCACCGCUUCAGAGUUCAUCUUCUGAAACGCCAUCGCGUACCCAAGAUGUUGAUUUGAACUCUUCAGCUCCGCUGCCUCCAGAGCAAGCGCUGAUAAUGAAGGCUCUAGUUUCUGUUCGGCAACGUAAGCCUCGCGGUCAGAAGAAACCUAUUCCUGACGAAAUGAAGACUGAACGCUACUACGAGCGACGGUCGCGUAAUAACAGAGCGGCUAAGAAGAGUAGGGACCAGCGGAAGCUCAGGGAGUCUCUCAUCACUCAGCGGGCGGCGUUUCUUGAAGCAGAAAACGCUCAUUUUCGGCUCAAAAUCGCCGAGUUCAAAAAACAGCUGCUGGCCAUGGACCUCCUGCUCGCUGAAAGAGGAAUUGAGCCCAAGAAUGUUAAUGUCAAAAUCCUUCCAAUGAGCUAGAUGACGCCUCUCAGAUUUCGAAAAUUUCGCCAAAAUCGGCCGUUGCAGAAUAAUUUUCAUGAGAAUAUAUGUCAGUUUCGGUACGUUUGGUGUCCAUUCAGCGCGUAUGGCUCUAAAUACGUGUAAAACGAGUGCCUUAUUCAGUCAGUCUUAAUAGAUAAUAUAAUUAGAGUUAAAAGUAUUCUUCGAGUGCCUUAAUAAUAAACCAACCUAGAGUUUAGCAAAUUAAUAUAUUUAAAUGAACCAAACUUUUCGCAGUGAGUGUAAAGAAAUAAUUCCCAAGAGCAAGUAUAAAUGUACGAAUUUCGUUAUAAAAAUUUAAUUUCGCUUAAAUUUUUGGGGUUUAAAUUUUUAUGAUGUUUAAAGCAAACGGAUUUUUUAAAACGUAUAAUAUUCCUUCGAUAACUAAAUUGCAAAAUUUCUGUUCAGAAUAUCUGAACUCGUCAUUCUCAUAAACUUUCGCGAGCUAUAUAGUUUAAAUGGCUAAUAUUAGAGUUCUGUUCAACAUGUACAUAUAAUCGGCUAUACUACCACAACCUUCAGUUAUUAACUUGCUUAAAUGAUUAUUAUUAUUACUCAGUUCAGUUAUCAACUUAUUAGCUAUAUAAAUUUAAGAUGAAUUGUCUGGUGGCAAGACGCGUUUUUUUCGUAAAUCUGGAUGCUAAAGCAUUUUCUAAUUAACUAAUAUAAUUAGUGUGAAUUUCAAAUUUGAGUGAAAACGGUACAAAUGACGAAUAUAGAACGUGCAUUUAUACAUGAUUAAGUCCUAGUGAUGCUCAAUGGAAUCAUGCAUUUAGUACUUGUGUAUAAGGGUUAUAUUGUUAUAAAUACGCGCUGUUUGAGUGGCUAAAUGCACAGUGUUGUGAAAACUUCCAAUUACAUACGAGUUCGAGUGAACUGUCCUAAUGAAUCACCAGUAUUAUAAGUGCACGUUUGUGCGUGGAAUUGUUCGAGUGCGAUGAACACGUUUGCUCAAUACUGUACAAAGAGUGCCAAGCACCUUGAUUACCUGGAAUGAGCACGGUCUGUGAUAAGUAUUUUAUUGUAUUCAGAAUAAAGAAUUAGAAGCGA